AUGGCCUACAGGGCAAGGAAAGUAGCUAAGGAAGUUGUCCAAGGAGAUCAGAGGGCACAAUACACUAGGAUAAGGGAUUACCUCCAAGCUGUGCUGGAUACCAAUCCUGGAAGUAGAUGCAUUGUUACAACAAAGCAUUUAAAGACUCAUCCUAGCAUAAACCCUAGAUUUCAUGGCUUGUUCAUGUGCCUCAAUGCUUGCAAAGAGGGCUUCCUAAAUGGUUGCAGACCCUUCAUAGGUGUUGAUGGUUGCUUUGUUAAGUUGACAACAGGGCAACAAAUAUUGGCUGCAACUGGAAGAGAUGGUAAUAACAACAUCUUUCCCAUUGCAUUUGCAAUUGUUGACAAGGAAGACACUGCCAGCUGGUCCUGGUUUCUAACCCAGCUCAAGUAUGCUCUUGGUGGUGAGUCAGGGAAGUAUGGCAACUACACUAUCAUAUCUGAUAGACAAAAGGGCCUUCUUAAAGCCAUAAACAAUGUCUUCCCAAAUUGCCCUCAAAGAUUCUGCCUUAGACAUAUUUAUCAGAACUUUCAAACAGCUGGCUUUAGAGGUGAAGAGUUAAAGAAGUAUAUGGAUCAGGCUAGUUAUUCAUAUACUGAGCAUGGUUUUGAUCAAGCAAUGGAAGGCAUGAAAAGAGAGUGUGAGGCAGCUUGGAAAUGGCUUAGAAAGAUACCCAAGCAUACAUGGGCUAGACAUGCCAUGGACAAAAAUUGUAAAACUGAUUUGGUUGUUAACAAUAUUAGUGAAGUUUUCAACAAAAUGAUACUUGAUGUGAGAGGGAAACCAAUUAAAACCAUGGUUGAUGGCAUCAGAACUAAAUUGCUAGUUAAGUUCAAUGCAAACAGGACCAAGACUGAGACAGCCAAGUGGCAGAUAUGCCCAACAUAUGCUGAAAAGCUAGAAGAAGCAAAACACCAUGCUAGAUACUGUCAGUCCAUCAAAGUAGGACCUGAUCUAUACCAGGUUAGCAGUGGAGAAAGCACAUGUGCAGUAAAUCUACAAGUGCACACAUGUGGGUGUAGCAAAUGGGACAUGACUAGUGUUCCUUGCAAGCAUGGUGUUUCUGCAAUUAACAAGGCAAAACUUCAUCCAGAAGAUUUUGUUAGUGAUUUCUUCAAGAAACCAAGGUACCAAGAAGCCUACAAUCCAAUUGUGUAUCCUGUGCCUGGGCCUAAUCUAUGGCCAAAUACUGGGACCCCUGACAUAGAACCACCAGUUUUCAGAGACAAGCCAGGAAAGAAGCAGACUAAGAGGAGAAGGAAUCAGUUUGAGAAGCCAGCUCCCAACGAUACUUCAAGGAUGGCAACAAUAACCUGCAGCAAUUGCAACUUGACAGGUCAUAGGUACACUAGCUGCCAUAAAAAUAUGAAGCCAGCCCUAGCACUGAGAAGGAACCAACACCAGGAAAACAGGAGAGUUGAUGCACCAGCAGCAAGGACAAGAGCUCCAGCUGCAACCAGUGCAACACCAAGGACAGGUCCAUCAGCUCCAGCUGCAACUAGGGCUGCACCUAGAGCAACUCUUUCUGCUCCUGCUCCAACAAGGCCAACUUCAUCUUCUGCUGCUGCUUAUAGGCCUAGUUCAUCUUCUGCUACUGCUGCUAGGUCAAGGGCAAAGAGAACAUUCAUACCACCAAGAGUGUCAGGUACUGGAAGAGUGAGAAAGCCAUCAUACAAGAUGUCUGAAUGGUUCAAUUGUUCUCAGGGCAGCAAGAAGUGA